AUGCAAGCCUCGCACGAGUACGGUCAUAAAGCCAUUCCCGAUAAAAAGGGCGAACCUAUCCGAAUUGACGACACAGUCAAGACGGCAAACGAAGAUAGUCUCAAAGGAACUGUAAAGGACAUUGUCGAGACCAAGGAAGAAGCGCAAAGAUAUGGCGCCAGACACCCACAGGUGAUUAUUCAAGAGGAGCAAUCUGGCGAAACGUUUGCAAAGAAUCCUCGCGAAGUUCGUAGUGCCGAACAGUAG